AUGUUCGAGCUCAUGCUCUCCCUCAACUCCGAGUCCGAGUCUGCCCACCCAUCAACCUUGCUCGCCCAGCACCUGGAAUUCCUGCAGCAUCCUGCAAUUCCUGCCUCUCACCUUUCCCGCCACUGCUGGCAGCUGCCAUUUUCUUUCGUGCCCGCCAGGAAUCCUCUAUCCUUUGCCCGCUACCUGCCUAGCUGCGGCACUGCCAUUCACCUUUUGAAACGAUUCUGUCGCAGCGACCGUGACCUUAACGGGAACUCGGGCGAGCUGAUGGCAAAGAUAUACGAUCGCGCGAGUAGGAAACAGGUGGAGAAGUACGGUACAGGGGUGCCCGGAGGGCCACGAAUGGCCAAGAUGCACUUCAAGUUCAUAUAA